GGAAAGGUAUCCAUCGCAACGCGAUUUCCAUAGGGCAUCCAUGCAUCACCCUUCAACCUGCAGUGGCUAAUACACGGCAUUCGGUCGUCUGAUAUUUGCUCUUUCCCUUCCAGUUUCCCGCGCCAGGUGGGCAAACACCCAGUCAACAGGCCAGCCGCAAAGCCCUCCCAAGGUGGAAUUGGCCUUUGAGCAACUGGAAGCUCUUAACCCCACUCGCAGAACGGACCCUUUCCUCGCAUCCUCUUCCAACACAGUCCAUCCAGUGCACUCCGGGACAAGGAACCAUCCACUGCAGCAAUCAUGACCGAGGUGUCGUCUACCCGUCUUUACCUGGGCAACCUGCCCAAAAAUGCUACCAAGGCCGAUGUCGAGGCUCACUUUGCAACCCAUGGCACCGGUGAGAUCACAGAGAUCAAGCUCAUGAAUGGGUUUGGUUUCAUCGAGUACAAGGAUGCCAUGGAUGCCCGUGAUGUCGUCCCAGCUUUCCAUGGAUCCGAUUUUAUGGGCGAGCGUCUCACUGUCCAGUUUGCCCGCGGCACGCGCCACCGUGAAGGAGGCAGCGGCUACAACCAUGAGCGCAACAGUGCUCCCCGGCCCCGCCGCACGCCUCAUAGAAUGCAAAUCACUGGACUUCCCAAUGAUACCAGCUGGCAGGAUUUGAAAGACUUUGCCCGUCAAUCCGGCCUUGAUGUCGUCUACUCGGAAACCAACCGCAAUUCUAACGGUGAAGGCUUCGUCGAGUUUGAAACGGCUGCGGAUCUCAGAACUGCGGUUGAGAAGCUGGACGGCCGUGAAUUUAAGAAUUCUCGCGUGACCUGCGUUGCAAACACUCAACCUGACUUUCCGCGUGGAGACCGAGCUCGUUCGCGAUCUCCCCGCCGUCCUUAUCCGCCCCCUGUUGAUGACUAUGAUCGGCGCGGCCCUCCCCGCGGCUAUAGCCCUCGUCGGGAUGCCUACCGGGAUGGAUACCGUGAGCGUACCCCCCCCCCAAGAAGGGACUACUAUGACGACCGGAGGGGCGGCUACCGGUCGCCUCCCCGUCGCGGACCACCCCUGGAUGAUUACCCUCCCCCGCGUGGCCGCUACGAUGACCCCUACCGUGCCCCACGUGACUACCCCCCGGACCCGUACGUCAAUGGACGCGGCGCUUAUGAUCGUCGCCCCCCGCCGCCGGACUUCCCGCCGCCGCGUGAGCCGUAUGCCAGGGAGCCCUAUCCUCGGGAUUAUGAGCGCCGCUACUAGAGAGCGCUUCAAUGUACCCUACAUAGCGACGGAGCUGCAAGUGCAGUAGGUGUCCAACUAGGGGGGCGCUCCAUGGCAUGUCGAUCCUGUUACGGUUAUGAGACCUCUCGGUGGGGCCCCUCGACAGAUUGUGACGGUUCGCUUGAUUGGGGACACCCAGAAUGGACUUGAUGAUGAACGGUUUCUUUUGUCUGGUGGUUGUGUUGCCGAAAAGCGUUAGGAGCCACGGUCGCGGUUGUUUCUUAGCCAAGUUUCUUGUUCGAUAGCUCAAAUGCCAGUUCGUCGGCGUUCCCGCACAUUGUCGAUUGCCCUCACUGAUAGUGUGGAUGAGUUUGGAUAGAACUGUUAGCUACACAACACUGAUGACGGUUUGGUCGCUUUCAAGAAAAUUCACUCUGGAGGUCAAGUGCGACCAAAACCACCCAAC